CGCUGCACGGAACAGUAUCUUCUUGUAUAUUCUCAGUACAAAUAAGCUUUCGAAAUAAGAACAUAAUCAAGUUGUUUCUAAAUCUACUUGAAUAGUUGAAAAAAAAAUUCCAAAAAUGUUUGCGUGGAAGUUGUGGUCCAUGAUUUGGUUGUUGUGUCUACAUUCUACACUACAAAUUGAAAUGGAUAGUGACGAUUUGAAUCACAAAUUAAGAGGCAUCAUCCAAUGGAAAUAUGAGAAACGUCCAUUUUGCAAUGCUUUUACAGGUUGUGGUAAAAAGCGCUCAUCUCUCCCUUACCCUUUAUGGAAACGAGCUGACUUGGAUGAUGUCAAAAUGUAUAACAACGAAGAUAUGUCGGAAGGACUGAGUGAUCUUAUCGACAUAAAUGCCGAGCCGGCUGUGGAAAAUGUACAAAAACAAAUUAUGUCGCAAGCCAAGAUAUUCGAGGCCAUCAAGGAGGCGAGCAAAGAAAUAUUUCGUCAGAAGAAUAUGCAAAAACUGCGACAGCGCGAAACAAAUCCAGAAGCCCUCGGAGUUUAAGCGAAUAACAAAAAAUUAAAUAAAAAAAUUUAAAU